CUCGACCAACUCGAUCCAUUCGUUCCAGUAUCGACCAAAAAUGCCGUCUUUCGCUUCCUUCGCCGCGGCGAUCAGUUUCGCUCUUCUCGCACGCGCAGAGACCCAGAACGUCAAUAUCCCUUCCGGCUUCUUCAAUGGUGCACAGACCGGCAUUGGAUCGUGGUUCACUGCCGUUUCCGAGGGGACCAACGGCAAGAGCUGGUGCGGAUACCCGUACUCAGACAGUGACCCUAUUUUUGCUGUGUCGUUGAAAGCAAUGGGUGGCAAGACCUACAACUCCAAUCCCGCUGCUUGGAGGGCGGCGACCCAAAAGUACUGCGGUCUCGAAGCGUCCGUCAAGGACCCCAAGACUGGCAAGGAGAUGCUCCUGUACCUUGGUGAUGCGUUUGAUCCCGCUUGGGUUCGUUCUCCAUCCUCCAUCGACAUCAUGAUCGGCGCCUUCAAGGACCUCAACGGAGAUCCCAAUAACGUCCAUGAGGUGGUUAUCCAAGGUGUAGAGUGGCAUCUUACCGGCCGUGUCAACCCUAAGUUUGCGGCCCCUGGAGCAAUCUGGCCAACGAAGCCGGUGGAUGCGGGACCGACACCCCCGGUUCCGACGACGAUGCAGACGUCGGCUUCACCCAGGCCAUCUCCAACUCCUCCCGCUAAUCCUCCUGCCGUCAAUCCUGCCCCCGCUAAUGGAAACGCACCUGCCAAUGGCAACGGCACCGGCACCGAAUGCAGCAAGAUCUGAUUCUUUCUUAGACACAUUCGUGUGUGAAGUCCGUAGUCGAUAGCGCAACCAGUUCCGAGGACCAGUGGCGCUAUGAUGGUUUACUUCAAGAGUUCGAGACGAGCGAUAAGUCUUCAUCGAUAAAGCCUACAUUCAUUUUUCUUCCGUGGACUGGAGAAAAGCCUCUCAGACAAUACACCAUAGACGAGACCUACAUUCUUAUCUCUUCUGUUGACCAGAAGAAAGCUUUUCAAACAAAACAUGACCAAUGUACAAUAUUUUCCUAAACUUC